AUGUCACCGGACGAGCCUGUUUCUAGUAGCUCAAAGUUGAGCAAGAAGAAAAGCAAGCAAAAACUCAAGGAUCAAGAGGAAACUGCGAAUGAACCUACGACUUCUGCCUCUGCCUCCGCCUCUGCCUCCACUUCUGCCUCCACUUCCGAUGUUGCUACUCCUGAUGCUACCGAGGCUUCUUCAGAAUCUAAAAAAUCCAGUUCCAAAUCAAAGGCCGCCCCCGAGCAAGCCCCCUCCGAUUCAAACUCCAAGACCGCUCGAAUCCCAUUCUCAACACUAGGCCUUUCCGCGCCUACCUCUCGCGCACUUGAGGAGAUGGGCAUGACUACGAUGACUGCUGUGCAAGCUAAAUCUAUCCCCGUACUGCUCGCAGGCAAAGAUGUUCUCGGUGCUGCUCGCACAGGAUCCGGCAAAACACUAGCUUUCCUCAUUCCCGCCGUCGAACUCCUUCACCGCCUCAAAUUCAAGCCUAUGAACGGAACGGGUAUCAUUAUCAUCACUCCCACAAGAGAACUGGCUCUCCAGAUCUUCGGUGUAGCCAGGGAUCUCAUGAAAUAUCAUUCGCAAACAUUUGGAAUUGUAAUUGGAGGUGCAAAUCGGAGAGCGGAAGAGGAGAAGCUGGUCAAGGGAGUGAAUCUCCUCGUGGCUACACCAGGACGUCUUUGGGAUCAUUUGAGAGAUACAAAAGGAUUUGUGAGAAGAAAUCUCAAAGCCCUCGUCAUCGACGAAGCCGAUCGGAUAUUGGAAAUCGGGUUCGAGCAGCAGAUGAAGGAUAUCAUUGCUAUGCUGCCAAAAGAUGAACGUCAAUCAAUGCUGUUCUCUGCCACACAAACCACAAAAGUCACAGAUCUUGCCCGGAUAUCACUACGACCUGGACCUGUUCAUAUUGAUGUUGACAAAGAGGAAGCUACCAGCACGGUAGCCACUCUUUCACAAGGCUACGUCGUUUGUCCUUCUGAACGCCGCUUCCUCCUCCUCUUCACCUUCUUAAAAAAGAAUCUGAAGAAGAAAGUUAUUGUCUUCUUCUCCAGUUGCAAUUCUGUAAAAUAUCAUUCAGAAUUGCUAAACUAUAUCGAUGUACCUGUCCUGGAUCUACAUGGCAAACAAAAGCAACAAAAAAGAACUAACACAUUCUUUGAAUUUAUCAACGCGGAAUCCGGAAUCUUGCUAUGUACUGAUGUUGCUGCCCGUGGACUUGAUAUCCCUCGUGUGGAUUACAUCGUCCAGUACGAUCCUCCUGAUGACCCUCGCGAUUACAUUCACAGAGUAGGACGAACGGCGAGAGCAGGCAAAGUCGGGAAAAGUUUGUUAUUCCUCCUGGAGAGCGAGCUUGGGUUCUUGAGAUAUCUCAAGGAAUCCAAAGUUCCUCUGAACGAAUUUGUAUUCCCAGCUAAUCGAAUCGAGAAUGUUCAAGCUCAGUUGGAGAAUCUCCUAGAGAAAAACUACAAUCUGUAUCGAUCAGCCACAAGUGGUUACCGCGCAUACUUGCAGUCAUAUGCCUCGUAUUCUCUGAAAAAGAUCUUCGAUGUGAACGCAUUGGACUUGACAAAAAUUGCCAAAGCAUUCGGCUUCAAAGUACCUCCUCGCGUCAAUCUUGCUGUUGGUCCUGGUAAGGGCCAAUCGGCUCGUGUAGGAGAUAAGAGACGUCGCGACGAAGACAGUGCAGUGUCUGACGAGGAUGCGUCAGACUCGGAGAGUCCUAAAAAGCACAAGGGAAGCGGUCAAGUUGGAGAUGGUUCAGUGCGGGGCCCAAUGCGUGUGAAAGAAAAAUCGAAACGCAUGGAGACACUGGGAAAGAAGGCUGUUGAUAAGGAUAUGUACCGGAAAGGCCAGGAGAUGAAGAAGUUGGGCAAGAAUUGGAGUAGAUAG